AUGCAGCAGCUUCGCCUUUUCCACACUUCACGAGUGCUCCAGCAUGAGAACCCCUUAGGUCUUCCGCGGACUGGCACAAUCCCGCGCAUGCAGCGCGGCCUUCCGCAAAAGCGGCCGAUCAAGGGCGUGGCGAAAGUGAUUGCUGUGUCGUCGGCCAAGGGCGGCGUGGGAAAGAGCACAGUGGCAGCCAACCUCGCUCUAGCGUUUGCGCGCCUGGGCUACCGGUCCGGCAUCCUCGACAUGGACGUGUUCGGGCCGUCGAUCCCGACCCUGUUCAACCUGGACGAGGCCCCGCGGCUGACGGCGCACAACCAGCUGGUACCGCUGACCAACUACGGCGUGCAGACCAUGUCAAUCGGGUACUUGGUGGGGUCUAGCUCGGCGCUGGUGUGGCGGGGGCCGAUGCUGCUCAAGGCGGUCCAACAACUGCUGCACGAGGUCGAGUGGGGCGGCGGGCUCGACGUGCUGGUGCUGGACCUGCCGCCGGGCACGGGGGACACGCAGCUGAGCAUCACGCAGCAGGUGGAGCUGGCGGGGGCCGUGGUGGUGACGACGCCGCACGCGCUGGCCGUGCAGGACGCCGUCAAGGGCGUCGACAUGUUCCGCAAGGUGGCCGUGCCGCUGCUGGGGCUCGUGCAGAACAUGUCCGUGUUCCGCUGCCCGCACUGCCACGGUGACACGGCCGUCUUCGGGUCCUCGGACCGCGUCCAGCGCGCCUGCGCCGACCACGGCCUCGAUUUCCUCGGCGACAUCCCGCUGCACCCCAACAUCGGCGAGGACGCCAGCCGCGGCAAGCCCACCGUCGUCGCCGAGCCGCAGUCCGAGAGGGCAAAGGUGUUUAUAGACAUUGCCACCACCCUCGCCUCCAAGAUCGACCUCCCCUCUUCGUCCACUUAA